GCCCUUCCGCCUUCCCGGAAGCCUCUGGGCCGACGCCUGGCGGCCUCCUUGUCUGUAAGCAGCGGGAUCGUCUGCGCUGAGACCAGUUUUCUGGCAUUCGCGUCGCGUCCCUGAAGCUAGAGACUGAGGGGCGUCGGCGGCCGACAUGACCCAGGCGGAGAAGGGAGAGGCGGAGAACGGGAAGGAGAAGGGCGGGGAGAAGGAGAAGGAGCAGCGCGGGGUGAAGCGACCUAUCGUGCCCGCGCUGGUGCCGGAGUCGCUGCAGGAGCAAAUCCAGAGCAACUUCAUUGUUGUCAUACAUCCAGGUUCCACAACUCUGAGGAUUGGUCGAGCCACAGACACACUUCCUGCUAGCAUUCCUCACGUCAUUGCACGAAGACACAAGCAACAGGGGCAGCCACUGUACAAGGACAGCUGGCUGCUGAGAGAGGGACUAAACAAACCUGAAAGUAACGAACAAAGGCAAAAUGGCCUUAAAAUGGUGGAUCAAGCAAUAUGGUCUAAAAAGAUGUCAAAUGGUACAAGACGGAUUCCUGUGUCCCCUGAGCAGGCACGUUCCUACAACAAGCAGAUGCGACCCGCGAUUUUAGAUCACUGCUCUGGAAAUAAAUGGACAAACACAUCUCAUCACCCUGAGUUUUUGGUGGGAGAAGAGGCCCUGUAUGUUAAUCCUUUGGACUGUUAUAAUAUUCACUGGCCUAUCAGAAGAGGUCAGUUAAAUAUUCACCCAGGACCUGGGGGCUCUCUUACAGCUGUUCUGGCAGAUAUUGAAGUAAUAUGGUCUCAUGCAAUACAAAAAUACUUGGAAAUCCCGCUGAAAGAUUUAAAGUAUUAUAGAUGUAUCUUGUUAAUUCCUGAUAUCUAUAAUAAACAGCAUGUGAAAGAAUUAGUGAAUAUGAUCCUAAUGAAGAUGGGUUUUUCAGGGAUUGUGGUCCAUCAGGAGUCUGUGUGUGCCACCUUUGGAAGUGGCUUGAGCAGCACAUGUGUUGUAGACGUCGGAGACCAGAAGACAAGUGUGUGCUGUGUGGAGGAUGGAGUCUCUCAUCGGAACACUCGGCUCUGUCUGGCAUAUGGUGGAUCUGAUGUGUCAAGAUGCUUUUACUGGCUGAUGCAGCGAGCUGGUUUCCCUUACAGAGAAUGCCAGUUAACAAAUAAAAUGGAUUGCCUCCUUCUGCAGCACCUUAAAGAAACUUUUUGUCAUUUGGAUCAGGACAUCUCUGGGCUUCAGGACCAUGAGUUUCAGAUUCGACAUCCAGAUUCCCCUGCCCUUCUUUACCAGUUUCGAUUGGGAGAUGAAAAACUCCAGGCUCCAAUGGCUUUGUUUUAUCCAGCAACUUUUGGAAUCGUUGGACAGAAAAUGACAACUUUACAGCACAGAUCCCAGGGUGACCCUGAGGAUCCUCACGAUGAACAGUACCUGCUGGCCACGCAGAGCAAGCAGGAACAGUCUGCAAAAGCUACUGCUGACCGGAAGUCUGCAUCCAAACCCAUUGGAUUCGAAGGGGACCUUCGUGGCCAGUCCUCUGACCUUCCAGAAAGACUGCAUUCCCAGGAGGUGGAUCUGGGACCCUCCCAGGGAGACUGUUUGAUGGCUGGCAAUGAUUCUGAGGAGGCUCUCACCGCACUGAUGUCCAGGAAGACUGCCAUCUCGUUGUUUGAAGGGAAAGCCCUGGGCCUGGAUAAAGCCAUCCUCCAUAGCAUAGACUGCUGUUCAUCUGAUGAAACCAAAAAGAAGAUGUACAGCUCCAUCCUGGUGGUGGGAGGUGGUUUGAUGUUUCAUAAAGCCCAGGAAUUUCUGCAGCACAGAAUUCUCAAUAAAAUGCCACCUUCAUUCAGGCGAAUUAUUGAAAAUGUAGAUGUGAUCACAAGGCCCAAGGACAUGGAUCCCCGGCUGAUUGCCUGGAAAGGGGGGGCAGUGUUGGCUUGUUUGGAUACCACACAGGAACUGUGGAUUUAUCAGAGAGAGUGGCAGCGCUUUGGCGUCCGCAUGCUACGAGAGCGAGCUGCUUUUGUGUGGUGAAAUGGACAGAAAAGUCGCUGUUGGAGACCAGCACAAACCUUGUGGUAUAAAAGACUUAGUAUAAUUUAUUGACUUAGGUGCGUUAAAGUUUCAUGAAAAUAAAUGAAUCUUAACUUUUUCUUGUUGAACACAUUACAUUGGUGUAAAAAAAUAGCUGCUUUUGUAGUCAGGACAUUUGAGAAUAAAUAUGAACUUAGUCUUCCGUGGUGAAUUUUCCUGCUCUUCCUCGGGGGUCUCAGACUCCCAGUGAUGUCCAUUGCUGCAGUAGAGUGUUUCUCGGGUGGUGAAGCCCUUCCUCUAGGUUGACUUCUGAGUGUUAGGCAGUCUCAGGUACCCAUGAGGGUGGGUGUGUGAAUGUGGCCCUGAAUUGUGAGAUGUGUCUGGUUACACGUUUUCCCUCUUGUAUAGCAUAGAUGUAUGUCAUGACUUGUAUAUGCUGCUAAAAUUCCUUAGGG